AACGUUAUAUUUGUCAAACUACUUAAUAUUUAUAUUAUUCAAGUUCAUCAAAAACCUAUAUGCUAUUGAAAUAAGGGACUUGAAGAAGUUGGCCGAAGAAGUUUAUUUAAAGCUGCUAAAAGGAAAUUUUAUGAAGUAAUUCCUUUUAUUCUUUGGGAGAGAGUCUUAUACUCAUAUAUGUUAGCCUCGUUUAGAGAGAAUUCUAGACGAUAGGAAGACAUGCAGAUCGCUUACCGUGCAAAAUAUCCUGUAUCCGUCUGUGCUGUGCUCUUCUUAUCCAUUGUUUGCAAUGCAGAGUUAACGUUUAACGAUAUUCAUCUCUAUAUCUGUAGCACCAAGAACUAUACAAGCACUAAAUUGGAGAGUAAUUUGAACUCAGUUCUUAAUAAUCUUGUAAACAAUACAUCAUCAUCAUCAAAUGAUAUGAACACCUCUGUAACCGGCCGAACUCCAGAGAGAGUAUAUGGUCUCCUUCAAUGCCUGGGAGACACAACUGUGGAGGAAUGCUUGAACUGUUCCAAGUUAGCAAGAUCCAGGGUUCGCCAGGAUUGUGGAAAUGCCAUAGGUGCUAGAGCUUGGCUGCCCAAGUGCUUCAUACGCUACGAGAAUUACUCCUUCAUCGGAAUACUUGAUACCGAGACGAAGCUUGCUUACAAUGGAAAAAAGGUCACAGUUGACCCUGAUGGGUUUAGUAACUCGGUUUGGGCGCUUCUCACAAAUCUGUCUAUUGAAGCCGUUGGAUCUCCUCGUCGCUAUUCUGCUGGAUCAACAACUACCUCCACAUUUCAGCAGAUAUACAGUCUGGUUCAGUGUUGGAGCGAUUUAACUUAUGUUGAAGACUGCAAAACAUGCUUAAGGAAUGCAAUUGUUAAGGUGUUAAACGUGACGAAGAAUGGAACUCAUGUUGGAGGUGCGGCCGUCUCCGGAAGUUGCGUUGCUCGUUACGAAAUAACCAACUUCUUCAAUGCUGCUUCUCUCCCAUCACCUCUAAAACCGAAGAAGUUUACAAACAAAAUAGGUAUAGUACUGGGUAGUAUCGGUGGCUUCUUGGUGAUGUUAUUGCUAUGCCUGUUUCCAAUCAGAAGAAAGUUCAAAUUUGCGGUAUUAUGGAAGCCACCCUUCUUAAGGAAAGAGAAUCCAGAUCCAGAUGUGUACUCAGCGAUCGGCGAGGAACAUGUAAUGAUGUUCAACUUGGAAAAUAUCAAGGCUGCAACUAGAGAUUUCCAUGAUGAUAACAAGCUUGGAGAAGGGGGUUUUGGCUCUGUAUACAAGGGAACAAUGUUAGACGGCAAACAAAUAGCAGUAAAGAAGCUUUCUUUACAAUCUUUUCAAGGGAAAAAGGAGUUUCUAAAUGAGGUCAAAUUAGUGGCCGAAAUUCAGCAUCGAAAUCUUGUGAAAAUACUUGGAUGUUGCACAGAGCAAUUAGAACGGUUGCUUGUUUAUGAGUUCUUGGCUAACAAAAGCCUUGACAAGAUAAUAUUUGAGCGAAGAAAAGAGCUUGACUGGCCAAAGCGUUUGAACAUCAUAUGUGGAAUAGCUCGUGGGCUUCUAUACUUGCAUGGAGAUUCUCACCAUCGAAUCAUCCAUCGUGAUAUAAAACCAAGCAAUAUUCUCCUUGAUGAGAAAAUGGAGCCAAAAAUAUCAGAUUUUGGCUUAGCAAGACUGAUUGGUCAAGAUGAGAGUCAUGUUGAGACAAGGCUUGCAGGAACAUAUGGUUAUAUGGCACCAGAGUAUGCUAUGCGGGGUCAAUUAUCUACUAAAGCAGAUGUGUAUAGUUUUGGUGUUGUCAUUUUAGAGAUUAUAUGUGGAAGAAAGAACACUGAUAAUAGAUUAUUCCCUGAAUUUCAAAGCUUGAUAGAUUGGGUAUGGAGAUCUUACAAUGAACGAAAUAUGGUGGAUGUGAUUGAUAGAGAAAUAAUAGAAAGUUUCUCUAGUGAGCAAGUUUUGAGAUGUAUUAAUGUAGGUCUUUUAUGCUCACAGACAAAUGCAUCACUUCGUCCACCAAUGACUAGAGUAUAUGCAAUGCUUUCAAACCCUUUUAUGGACAACUUACUAGAUCCCACAAAUCUUGCUUAUCUAAGUAUUGAACAAAAUGAUGUUCCAUCAUAUACAUCUACUUCAAUGUCAAUAACCACAAGUACAUCACCUUCACCCACCUCUUUUUUACUCCCCACAUCUAUCAGGCAUGCAUCAAUAACAAAUUUAUAUCCAAGGUAAUCCCAUUUACCUCUUUUUUCGUAUAAAAAUUUUAGAGCUUUGAACAGGGAGCUUA